AUGGGAGGUGAUAAAGCUUUGGGAAUGUUUUUCAGCAGGGCAGCCUCAGCUCAGAAGGUGGCAGGGUUCUCAGGUAGAGGUGAUUCCCAGGCUCAGGUCACCCUGCCCCGCCCCACCCUCCACGAGAUGAACCAGGCUCCAGACGCCACCACUGUCCCUGUGGUUAACACCCAGGCCAAACUGGGGGGCCUUAGCCAUCAAGGUGGGGGCAAUGGAUUUCUUCAUACCAGCCAGUACCAGGCCUUUCUCAGCCUUCUGGAGGACAGUUUUUUCCAGGAAUUCCUCUCCAAAGACCCUUGCUUCCAGAUAUCUGAUAAGUAUCUCCUAGCCAUGGUGCUGGUCUACUUCCGGCGCGCCAACCUGAAGCUCAGCGAGUACACCCGCAGCAGCCUGUUCUUAGCAUUGUACCUUGCAAAUGACAUGGAAGAGGACGUGGAGGAUUUCAAGUGUGAGAUUUUCCCAUGGGCCCUUGGGGAAGAUUGGUCUUCCCGGGUGAGGAAGUUCCUGCACCAGAGAGAUAAGCUGUGGGCACGGAUGGGCUUCCGAGCUGCGGUGAGCCGUCAGUGCUGUGAGGAGGUCAUGGCAAAGGAGCCGUCCCACUGGGCUUGGACUCGGGAGCGGCAUCCCCACCAUGGAGGUGUUCGGAGGAGCUACCCACAGGCCCUAGUCUGCCUCCCCCGGGGCCCAGGACACUCACCUCCGCAGUGUUCCAUCUGUGACUCACGUGGACCCCACAACCUGCGCUCCAGGCCCGUGUUACCCAAAAGCCCUUCUCCGACUUCUGAGUGUCAUCGUCCUCGCUCCAAAAAUUGCCUGUCAAUGGUCAAAAACCUCUGGAAUAGGAACCUACUUGUCUUGCCCCCCAGGCUACUGCUGCAGCCAGGUACCUACACCCUCCACAUCUUGAAAAAGCCUCCGCCUCGCUCCAGAUGCAGACCUCCACAGAGCGAAGAGCUGCCCACCAGCUGUCCUGCUGCCCAAGGCUCUGCUCACUGUGCCUCUUGCCAUGUGGCCUCAAGCUGGCAGCAUUGCCCAUGUCUGGCCCCUUCCUCCCGACGUGCAACCUGUCCCCACGCUGACUAGA